CCAUUCUAAUUGUCUGAUAAUAAACAGUGAGAAGAUGUACCGUAACAAAACGCCUACCGUUCAGAGUUCUACUUCUGGUAAUGCACCAAGUAAUCAAUCACAUGCAGAAUUAUUGAAAAAGAAACGUUCUCAUGCAGCAACUAGUUAUCUGCCAUACGUGAAUUCUACAGGGAAUGGAUCUGGUUCUAAUCCGAGUACAAAACGUACUCGUCUGCAAACUUCCAAUCAAGAAUGCCAAAAUUCUGUAGCAGAUGGACUGAAUUCUAGUAGUACUGUUGUCACCACAGAACGAACUACUACUGGGAUUAGAGUUAGUGCACGUCUUCAGCAACAAAGUGUUAAUGAUCAGCCAGUGGUAAACACCAUAGUUGAAGAGCGAGAUGAUAAUGUGAUGUCAGAUAUUAAUCAGGAGCCUCCUUCAGGUACAACCAAAAAGGUGCGAGGGAAGACAAGAGGAGUGAAUGCAGAUAAGGUGUUCUCCCAAUUGAAUUCUAAAAUACCUGUGACUCUGACUGAAGAAAAUGGCAGACCUACUGGCCCUUAUGCUGAGAUGUUUGCAAAUGAAAUUGGUUACACAAUUCGAAACUACGCCCCCACUGAAUGUUGGAAGAAGAUUGAAAAAGCAUAUGUGGAGAACUUGAUCAAAAGAAUGCAAAAUAAAUUUGAAUUUGAUAUGUCGCUCCCUUGGGUCCAGAGAUAUGUAAUUACAACAUGUCAGACCGUAUAUUGUAAUUUUCGUUAUAAGUUAAAGAAACAUUUUGAGCAGUUUUCAACAAUUGAGGAGGCAAUUCAAAACAAACAUGAAGCUGUCAAGACUCAGGAAGAAUGGGAGUUUCUUUGCACUCAUUUUUCUAGUGAAAAGUUUAAGAUUCGCUCAGAGAAGAAUGUUCUUAAUAGGUCAAAGUUGACAUAUCAUCACAAAGCUGGGUCAAAAUCAUUUAUGUCACACCAAGAGCAAAUUGAUCAAAUGAUAAAGAUGCGAGCAGAUACCACUCAACCUGAUGGAACUCGAACAAUGACAGAUGAGGAAAUUUGUGCAAAAGUUCUCAAAGUCAAAUCAGGCUACAUUAAGGGCUGUGGUUUUGGCCCUAGACCACCACCAUUAAGGUUCUCUCGUUCUUCAAUGAGUGAAAUGUCUGAAAAGAAUAAAGAGUUGCAAGAACAGCUUCAAGAGACCCAACAACUUGUAGGAACUCAACAACAGAAGAUCGAUGCGCAAAAUGAGGUAAUCCAAAGAUUGGAGGAGCAAGCCAAAAAGUUUGAGGAGUUUAUGGCUAAUUUUUCGAGGCAACAUCCAUCAGCUUAGUAUUCUUAGUGAACUUAAACUUGGAGAAAUGUUUUUUUGAUCGUGU